AUGACACUAACCGACGAGGAAUCGCUUCGUGAAGAGCUGGUGCGAACACCUACACCAGUAAUGGCACCGAAAUUCAUCACGAAAAUCAAGGACUCGAGGGCUAAACGCGGUCACGAGGCCAUUUUCGAAUGUGUUGUCCGAGACACGAAGGGCGUGUGCUGUAAAUGGCUGAAAGACGGCAAGGAAAUUGAGCUCAUUGCCCGAAUUCGUGUUCAGACUCGAACAAUCGAGGGACAUGUCGCCCAUGAACUUAUCAUCGAUGAUGUACGUCCUGAAGAUGCCGGCAAGUACACUGUAAUUGUUGAGAACACUGCCGGACAAGAUCGAUGCGAAGCAACACUGACUGUUGUUGAAACCCUCGAUAAAGUACCAGAACGUGCUCCUGAGUUUAUUGUCCAACUACAAGAUAAAUCCACUAUGACCAAUGAAAAGGUUACAUUUGAAUGCAAGGUUGUUGGUGAACCGAAACCAAAUGUCAUCUGGUAUCACGAGAAUGUGAGU